AUGGACCCAGAAAACAAGCCGAAAGGACCUUCGCCACACUACUCGCUUUACCAGCGUGAGGUCUUCAAACGGGGUGGAGAGACAGGAGAGCUUCCGACGUUCUCUGUGCACCCAGAGGAGUUGCAGGAGUCUGUCAAGAAGAAGCUCAACGACAGGGGAUAUUUCUAUGCCAACUCGAACGCCGGCAUCGGGUGGACAGACCGCGCGAACAGGGAGGCGUUCUAUAGAUGGCGCAUCAUUCCACGCACGCUGGUCGACACGACCGUCCGCGACCUGACAACAACUAUCUUUGGUCACAAGAUACCUGCCCCGAUCAUGUUUGCACCAAUUGGUAUCAAUAAACUCUACCAUCCUCUUGGCGAGCUCGUCCCGGCAAAGAUCGCGGGCGAACUUGGGAUCCCCUAUUGUCUGUCUACGGCGGGCUCGCAAUCUAUCGAGGACGUGGCAAAGGCCAACGAUCUCGGGGCGUCUAUCAAGAACGAGAGCAACAGCGUACAUUCUUACAGUGGCCCUAAUGGUGGAAACGCAAACAGUCCGCGAUUCUUCCAGCUCUACAUGGGACAUGAUGACGAGAUCACGCUGUCACUCAUCAACCGCGCUUGGAAGUCCGGUUACGACGCGCUCAUGCUGACUACAGAUACCUGGCAGCUCGCGUGGAGGCCGACAGACAUCAAUAUUGCGAACUACACGUUCUACUACCCCAGCACGGCCGGUAAUGAGAUCGGAACGUCAGACCCGGUGUUCAUGAAGAAGCAUGGGGAGGAUCUGAAGAAGGACUCGGGCAAGUGGAUUGACCACAGUGUGUGGCACGGGAAACCCCACACAUGGGAGAAGAUCCGCUGGCUCAUCGGCGAGUGGAAGCGUAUCUCCAACGGUCGUCCGUUCGUCAUAAAGGGUAUCCAGAACGCCGAAGAUGCACUGAAGGCGUAUGAGGUCGGAUGUGAGGGCAUCGUCGUGACGAACCACGCGGGCCGCCAGGUCGACGGCGCUGUUGGCAGCCUGGAGGUGUUGCCCGAGAUCGCUGAAGCAGUCGGUGAUAAGAUGACCAUCAUCUUUGACUCCGGCGUGAGGACGGGCGCAGAUGUAUUCAAGGCAAUCGCACUCGGCGCGCACGUCGUCGAGGUCGGACGGCUGUAUGUCUGGGGCAUGGCCCACGAGGGCGAGUAUGGGUGUCGGCAUGUCAUGAAGAGCCUGCUCGCGGACUUGGAUAUUCUGAUGACGGUUGGGGGCUACCAAAGUAUCACGAAGGACGUGUAUAACAACAGGAAGGCGCUGAAGUACAAUUCGAGUGGUGUGCCACCCGGUCCCGGUGAGCAUGCGAAGUUGUGA